AUGGAAUCAGGAAACCAAACAAGAGUUUCAGAAUUUUUACUCCUGGGAUUUUCUCAAGACUCAGAGCCUCAACCCAUAAUAUUUGGGCUGUUUCUGUCCAUGUUUGUUGUCACCAUGCUUGGGAACCUGCUCAUCAUCCUGGUCAUCAGCUCUGACUCCCACCUCCAUACUCCUAUGUACUUCUUCCUCUCCAACUUGUCUUUUGCUGACAUCUGUUUCACCUCUACCACCAUCCCAAAGAUGCUGGCGAACAUCCAGACACAGAGAAAAUCCAUUACCUAUGCAGGGUGCAUCACCCAGAUGUAUUUUUUCAUGGUUUUUGGAGGUAUGGACACUUUUCUCCUCACUGUGAUGGCCUAUGACCGAUUUGUGGCCAUCUGUCACCCCUUGCACUACUCAGUCAUCAUGAACCCCCGCCUCUGUGGCCUGCUGGUUCUUAUGUCCUGGUUCAUCAGCUUGACAUACUCCCUGAUCCAGAGUCUGUUGAUGUUGCGGCUGUCCUUUUGUACUAAUUGGGUAAUUUCACACUUUUACUGUGAAAUUGCUCAGGCCCUCAUGCUUGCCUGCUCAGACACACUUGUCAAUUACAUCCUGCUACAUAUGGUGACUGGCCUUCUUGGCAUUGUUCCCUUCUCAGGAAUUCUUUUCUCUUAUAUCCGAAUUGUCUCCUCAGUCCUAAGAAUCCCAUCAGCUGAUGGGAAAUAUAAAGCAUUUUCUACCUGUGCAUCUCACCUGUUCGUGGUUUCUUUAUUCUAUGGGACAGGCUUCAGUGUGUAUAUUGGAUCUGAUGCAUCUUCCUGGAGGGGCAUGAUUGCCUCAGUGAUGUACACUGUGGUCACCCCAAUGCUGAACCCCUUCAUCUACAGCCUACGGAACAAGGACAUCAAGAGGGCUCUACAAAAAGUUCUUGGGAGAACACUCAGUGUUCAGUAA